GGAUCGAAAUACAAUCAGUGUGUAAAUAAAAUGUACAUUGUGAGCAAGAAGACUGUUUCUCUUAUCUUAAAUUUUCUUUUGUUGGUGAUUGUUCUUUUGUCCUGGGUAUACACAAUUAUAGCAGGAAGAUAUGCAGCAGUGAAGCAACUCAACAAGGACUACCCUACCUCAUAAAUACUCAUCAUGGAAGUAGUCCGAGAAAAUUCAGCUAUGCUGAGUAACUUUGAAGUGUAUAGCUUACUGACAGACAUACAGGCAGGGAGAGGGCAGAAUAAACCAAACAAGCACCAACAGCAACUUGCUACUAUAACAUAUGAGACAAUCAAGUAUCUAGAAACAAAACCAUGUAAAAACCAAACCCAGGAAAAUAUUGUUGAAUUCAUGAAGGAACUAGAGCCAUACAAUUUAACUAGGGCUGAAAAGUUGCAGAUUCUGAAUCUUUGCCCCACAACAGCUGUGGAAAUACAACUUGUUGUGGAAGAGAGUGAGGAACGCCUAACCGAGGAGCAAAUCUAUGGCUUGUUAGAGAUCAUAGCUAAAUAUAACCCAACAGAGGGGGAGCAGGAGGAGGACACCUCAGGUGAAAUUGAGCCCAUGAAUGAAUGACUUAAAAAAUACUUUGUAGCAAUAUGUACACAUAUACACAUACACACACACAUCAUAAAAGAGACACUUAUAGAUUAAAACAUAUCAAAAUCUCCUCGUAAACAACAUUUUAGACUGUUAAAUACCGUAUAAGUGGAAUUUUUAGCGAGAAGCAAAUUUAGCCAAUUAUCCCAAAAUAUUGGUAUAUAUUUUUAACGAGAAGUAAUUUUAGCGAUUUUAUAAUGUCAAGAAAGAUAGCUAUAACAACUGAUACAGUAUAAAUUGUUAGUGAUAUCCAAUUUUAGCGAUCUCAAAACCCUCGGAAAAAAUGCCAAAAUUAAACCCUCGCUAAAAAUUCUGCUUAUACGGUACAUGUAAUGUGUAAAAAUUUUUGUAAAAUGUAGUAGCUCAAAGGUCAGUCUCAUUGUGUAUGUAAACUGUGUUGAAAUGAUUAGUUUCUGUACACUUACAGUAGUUUUGAAUAUACAGUUGUUUUUGGAUUCCAAAAUACCUGUGAUGUCCAUUAUUAUUGAGUCUUGAAAAGUUAAUUAAAAAUGAAAAAGAAA